AAGUGGUUCAUCCAGGAAUAGCAAUGAACUGGCCGAUUUUUUUAAUUCUCGGACUCUGCUCUGUGCAGUUUUUAGCAAAUUUCUCUGGCAAUUUCAACAUUGUUCAUGGAACUUCUGCUGAACGUGAGGACUUACCUCCGUACAAAGUAAAUGCUUCGAGUUACGAGUAUAGUCCAGGAACAACAAUAACUGUUACAAUUACCGGAGAUCCAGGAAAUGUUUUCUGUGAAUUCUACGUUCAGGCACUUGAUAAUAAAACCGAUGCUCGAAUUGGAUCUUGGCAGAAAGGACCCCAAAGUAAUCCAAUCUUGAACAGAACUGUGAUUAAGGAAGCAGAUCUCGGAGAAAAACAAUCUGUUGAGCUCAAGUGGGACUCUCCCAGCGAAGGGAACGGAUAUCUGGACAUCUGGGUUAAAUUAAGGACGAACGAGGGGAAUUACUAUUGGAUAUCAUAUCCAGAUCCAUUCAAAGGUUGUUCUAUUGAUACGAAUGAUGAAAUAUCAUGUACAUUCGAUUAAUUAUGUUAAAUAAUGUAGUACAUGUUCGUAGUCGUAUUUUUUUAAUAAAUGCAAUUUCGCACUA